AUGAUUGAAAACUCAUCUUUUUGUAUGCAUAUAAAAGAAGAAUGGAAUAUUAUAAAAGAAAAUUAUAAUAAGGGUGCCUUUGGAAAAAUUAUAAGAGCAGUAAAAAAAAACGGUAUUAUAAAUGGGUAUGCUGUGGGUGACAAAAAUGUGGCUAUAAAAAAAAUAAAAAUAAAUGAAAGGAAUUUUGAAACUGAAAUAUUAAAUAAAAUUCAAAUUGAAAAUGAUAAAAAAGAAAAAAGAAUGAAAACAAUAUUAAAAUAUUAUGGAUAUGGUAUAGAUGAAGAAUAUAUCUAUAUAUAUUUAGAAUUUUCAAAGGCAGAUCAAUCAGUGAUCUAA